CCUGGAUCAGGGUUGACAUCGACUAACCAACAACAAACAAUAUAAAGGCGGAAGAAAAUUUGACAAGCCACUGUUUAAGUCAUCACCGUUUUAAACCUACUUCAGGUAUUAGAUUCAAAAUAAAGAAGAUCUGAGUGGAACGUGAGAAUAACUAUCUUCCUUCAAUUUAAUCUGUUAUUUUUUUUUUUCUGAGAAAAAUAACCCACAAAAGAAUAAAAGACAUUUUAAUACACAAUGGAUUUGGAUGUAGAAAUACCACUCAAGGAGAGAGUUUUAGGGUUAUCUUCUAAAUUUUCUCAUGCUAUCAUUGAUCUAGACAAUGAAAAUAUAUAUUUUGAUGAUCAUUCACAUGCUAAUGUUCAGUUUGAUGAAGCUCCCAAUUUAACUCAAGAAAACAGAGAUCUCAAAUCUGGUUCCAUAGUCUCAAACUUUGUAGAUGUAAAUGAGGAAUGUGCUGAUAGUGAUGAUUCUGAUUCCUUACCUGCAUAUACUGAAUUAACGAGUUCUCACAGUGAUGGCAAGUUAUCAGAAUUCCUAAAGAAGCACACAACUUUAAAUACAUUGCCACAAACAGAAGUGAUAAAACACACAACUUUAAAUACAUUGCCAGAAACAGAAGUAAUAAAGAAGAAAAAAUGCUCAUCAGAAAAGAUGGCUGUGAAAAAAGUCCAGAAGGAUGUGGUGCAGAAAAGUGAUCAAAAUGGAAAAAUAACAAAGAAGCACAUGAAAGAAAAAGCUGCUCAAAUAAGAAAAGCUGAGCAAAAGAAGCGUUUAGCAUAUCAACCAAAAGAAUGUCUGAAGUCUAUGACAGUUGUCAUUGAUCCUGGAGUGGUUAACCAGCCUGGUGUCGGAACAGCUAUUUUCAGUGCCUGUGAUGAUCUUGAAGUUACUUAUAAAAUUGAAUCUCAAUUCAUGCCUUAUGUUGUUUCUUGGAAACGAACUACACUGUGUUAUGAUACCGAAGAUCAAGUGGUCAAAACUUGGAAUUUGGACGUUGAUGAAAAAGAUAUUGUGAUAAUGAUACCAUUAGACAUCUUUACUGAAAUGUUAGAUCACUUUAAAACGAAUAGUAUGGCUAUGAGUAAUGUGUCAUCAUUAGACCAAUAUGCUGAGAAUAUCCAGUCUCUCUACCCAGGUUACUCUGUGAUGUUAGCAGUCAUUGGAUCAGAUAUUGGAAGCCAAGUCAGUAAAAGAAGUGGUUCACAUCAGUCUUCUCAGAGAAAAGCGAAAAAUGGAAUUGAUGAUCGUCUUUCCAUUGAAGAGGCAUUUUUAACUCUGCAAUUAAAGAAUUUGUUUAAUUGUCAACUUAUACAGUCAAGCUCUGGCAUUACUAAUCUCAUUAAAUCAUUUACGAAAGCUGUUGGUGAGAAACCUGGAAAGAAAGAUCGUUUGCAGUCUGAGUUUUCCUUUCACAAUGCGAAAGGUAAUAACACUCACGGAUCAUCUAAUAUACAAGGGAUGUGGAAGUUACAACUCCAACAGUUCAAGAAUGUUAGUUCUGAUAUUGCUAAUGCGAUUGUUUUCCAAUAUCCUACACCAAAAUCUUUGUUUGAGGCAUAUGAAAAAUGUUCCUCAGAGAAGGAAGGUAUUAAAGUACUUGAAGAUAUUACGGUAAGGAGACAUGCUGGUGUGUUGCAAUCAACCAAGCGAAUAGGUAAAGAAGCUGCACGGAGAAUUUAUCAGCUCAUGACAUCAAAAGAUCCAAAUUUAUUGUUAAAAUAAAUCCUUUUAGGCUUAUUUUUACAAUGUAUUUUUUAAAAAAUUAAAUAUAUCCGUUUUUAACCGUU